AUGACAGAAAUUAUUAAUAAUCGUGAAAGUAGUAGUAGUAGUAGAAAUAUUGACAAUGAUAAACAUCCAUUAAAUAUCGUAGAGCACUCAAGAGAUCUAAAAUCAAAUUGUACAUUAUUCAUAGGUUUUACAAAGGAAAUCAAUCAACUAAAUAAUAAUAAUAAUAUAGAUUAUUAUUAUAACUGUGAAAUUAAUAAUAUAAAUGAAAUUGUUAUAAAUGAAAAUGUAUCGAAUGUUGUAUUUUCAUUGUGUUGUGUCAAUAAAAGAGUAUUCGAAUCUUGUGUUCUCUAUGAGAGAAUAGCUAGUUCGAAUGCCGAUACAUUGGAAUUUAGGUGUAAUGUUAGGUUGAAGGCUGGAUCGAUUCCCAGCAAUGUUACCACGAUUCACUUUAGUGAAGCUUUCAAUGAGGAGUUGGAAGUCGGUUGUCUUCCAGUGAAUCUGCGGCAUCUUGAGUUUAAAUGUGGAUUUACAAAGCUGUUGCGACCAGGUGUGCUACCUCCCAGCCUAAAGGUACUAAAGUUGAGAUACUACAACAAGAAGUUCCUACGUGGUGUACUACCGAAUGGUUUGGAGACACUCGAGUUCUUUUGUCGAGAUAGCAACAUCGACGACGCCGUGCUACCACCUACCUUACUGACACUCAGUGGUAUACCUAGCACCUGGCUCAAACACAUAAAGUCACUGACAAACAUUAGAAACAUUGCACUCUACCGACAAAAUACCAACAUUAACCUAAGCAACAUACCAAACACUGUAAUCGAUUACCAACUAGGAUUGUACAGUGACGAUUUCAAACUCACCGGUCAACUUCCAUCAUCAAUACAAUAUUUAGAUUUGGGAACAUGUGAAUUAGAUUCAUUUAUAAAUCAAAAUAAUAAUAAUAAUAGUAGUAAUAAUAAUGAUAAUAAUGUAAAUGAAGAACAAAAAGAUGAUUAUUAUUAUCAUUUUCCAGAUAAUCUGUUAAAUUUGGUUAUUGGAUUUUCAAGUUUGCAAAAGAUAUCUCCAGGGAUGAUACCAAACACAGUUAAAGACCUGACUUUAAGUGAUAACAUAAUACAUUCAUUGCAAGUUGGUUCGAUACCAGACUCUGUGGAAAUAUUAAGACUUGGAGGUAACUGUGAAAGUAUUCCAUCGAAUGUCAUUCCAGCAAGUGUAAAGAGACUUACAAUCAACAUUGAAUAUUUUUUGAACAAUACAAUCAAUAGCUUACCUGCAACAAUUGAAACAAUAGUUGUACAAUUUCAUAGACUCUCAAAUGUAUAUAGUUUUGACAUAAGAAGAAUAGAUAUUCAACAAAAUAACAAUAGUAACAAUAAUGAUGAAAAUGACAAUAUAAAUCCAAAUUAUCAAAGCAUUUUAAUGUUAGGUGGAAAAUCAGAUAUAGAAGGUGGAUUUAUAAAUAUGGAUAAUUUCCAAAAGCAAAUCAUUGAAAUUAUCAAUAAUAGAUUUAAAUAA